AAGCGGCUCUGUGACGCCGGCAGGGUGCGUGCCGCUGCACGUGGUGACGGGGCCCACGCGCGCGACUGUAGCGGUAGCGGCCAUGGCGGGCUCUCCGGAGGCGACAGAGGAGGAGGCGACGGCGCCGGGCCGGGAGCUCCCCGCUGGGGGCGCGGCGCGGGGCGGGAAGAGGGCCGCUCCGAGCGGGCCCGGAGCCUUGCAGCCGGCCAAGCUGAGCCGGGCCGAGCUCUACAAGCCGCCGACUAGUGAGGAGCUGAGCCAGCUGAAGGAGACGGAGGACCUCUUCCACUCCAGCCUGCUCCGCCUGCAGAUAGAAGAGCUUCUGAAGGAGGUGACAUUGAAGGAGACAAAGAAGAAGAAGAUUGAUGCCUUCCUCCAUGAGAUUAACAGCUUGCUGAGUGCCAUCCCAGAGACUCCAGAAACUGAACUCACUGACCAGGCCUGGCUUCCCAAGGGUGUGAAGGUCCCAUUCCUGCAGGUGCCGUUCAGCGUGAAGGGGAGGUUCCGCUUCAUGCCUCCAACUGAGCUGAAGGUGGUGGGCAGCUACCUGCUGGGCACCUGCAUUAAGCCAGAGAUCAAUGUGGACGUGGCAGUGACCAUGCCGCAGGAAAUCUUCCAGGACAAAGACAACCUGAAUCAGCGCUACCACCGGAAGAGAGCUCUGUACCUGGCCCACAUCGCCCAGCACUUCUCCAAGGAGAAGCUCUUUGGCAGCGUGAAGUUUGCCUACAUGAACAGCAACCAUCUUAAGCCCAUCCUGCUCCUGAGGCCCCAAGGCAAGGAUGAGAAGGUGGUCACUGUCCGAAUCCAUGCCUGUCCUGCCCUGGGUCUCUUCAAACCCAGCCGCUUCUAUCCCAACAAGAACAAUGUCCGGACAGCCUGGUUCAUGGAGCAGAGCACCCCUAAAGAAGGAGCCACUGAGCCCCCAACCCCACACUACAACAACUCCAUCCUCUGUGACACGGUGAUGCUCUCUCAUCUGCAGUUCUUGUCUAGCGCAGCCACUGACUUCCCAGGCAUGAAGGAUGGCCUGGCCCUUCUCAAAGUUUGGCUGAACCAGCGGCAGCUCAGCAAGGGCUUGGGGUGCUUCAGCGGCUUCUUGGUCUCCAUGUUGGUUGCCUACCUGCUGAUGAAACGCAAGAUCGUCAAGAUGAUGAGUGGGUACCAGGUGCUGAGGAGCACCCUACAGUUCCUGGCCACCACUGAUCUGAGCGUGACAGGGAUCAGCCUAGCAAAGGAUGUGGAUGCCUCCCUGCCUGUCCUGGAUGACUUCCACCAGGCAUUUGAAGUGGUUUUUGUGGAUCCCUCUGGCCUGGUGAACCUCUGCGCUGAUAUGACUGCCAGCAAAUACCACCAGGUUCAGUUUGAAGCCAAACACUCCAUGGAAAUUUUGGAUGAUCGGAUGGUGGAUGGUUUUCAGGCGCUGCUCAUGACCCCAAAGCCCAUGCUCAGAACCUUUGACCACGUCUUCCACCUGAAGCAUGUCUCCAAGCUGCAGGGUGCCUGCAAGAAGAUGCAGCUGCUGAAUGAGCUGAUGGAUCGGGGUGGGAACUACAUGGCUGCAGCCCUUCCCUUCAUUGUCUCGCUGCUGGCCCGUGGGCUGGCUGAGAGAGCGCUGCUUGUGGCUCACUCCUUGCCCCAGAUCCCUGAGUGGCCAAUUGAUGCGGAGCCCCCAAAACACAAGGAUGUUGGGCCCCUGACAUUUGGGCUCCUGUUUGUCCCCGAGUUUGCUGCCAGCACACUGGAGAAGGGACCACAGGCUGAUCACCCCGAGGCCUUGGACUUCCGGACCUUCUGGGGGGAGAAAUCAGAGCUGCGGCGGUUCCAGGAUGGCAGCAUCUGUGAGGCGGUGGUGUGGGAGGCCGACACCAUCUGCCAGAAACGUCUCAUUCCUGAGCAGAUUGUCAGGCACCUGCUGAAGCUCCAUGCAGACAUUCCUGAAGCCUCCAUCUGCUAUAUGGGAGCUCUGCUGGAGUCUGUGAUCAGGACUGGGCAAGAGGUUUCAGGGACAGGUGAGGAGGCCAUGGUCAGUGUCAUCUGCUCCUACGACGACCUGAGCCGCAAGCUUUGGAACCUGAAGGAGCUACCGCUGACGGUGACGGCUGUGCAGGGUGUCCAUCCAGCCCUCCGGUAUACGGACGUCUUCCCUCCCAUUCCCAUGAAGCCAAUUUAUUCCUUCCACACCCGAAUCAGGACCAAGAACUUGCUGCUUCCCUCAGAGGAGAAGCCCUGCCCAGCCUACAUAUCCCCUUUGAAGAUUGUCUGCCAUAUGGAAGGCAGUGGCCAGUGGCCGCAGGACAAAGAUGCCAUCAAACGCAUCAAGGCGGCCUUCCACCUCCAGUUGGCUGAGCUCCUCGAGCAGCAACACCAGCUAGUUUGCAGACCAGCAGUCACCCACACUGAUGUGUACAAGGAUGGCUACGUUUUCCGUCUCCAAGUAGCCUACCACCGGGAGCCCCUGAUCUUGAAGGAAGUGGUGACCCCAGAAGGGAUGCUCAAGUACCAGGACACAGAGGAGUCUCGGCAGUUGGAGCUGGAGACAUUGCAUCUGCCUUAUCUAACCAGCUCCCUGCAUGGGCUCCAGCAGCAGCAUCCCGUCUUCGGCAGCACUUGCCGGCUGGUCAAGCGCUGGAUCAGUGCCCAGCUCCUAAGCGACAACAUCUCUGAAGAGUGUGUGGACCUCCUUGUGGCGUUUCUCUUUCUCCACUCAGCCCCCUUCACACCGCCUAGCUCUCCCCAGGUGGGGUUCCUGCGCUUCCUCGACUUGCUGGCAACCUUUGACUGGAAAAACAACCCUCUGAUUGUUAAUCUGAACGCUGGCCUUACAGAUGCUGACUGCACUGAGAUCAAGAACAAGUUUGUGGCUGCUCGCCCUCGCCUCCCUGUCAUGUUCAUCGCCACCCCCAAAGACCAGUGGAGCUCCAUGUGGACCCAAGAGCAACCCUCAGCGCAGAUUUUGCAGCGCCUUCUUGUGCUGGCCUCAGAGUCCCUCCGCGCCCUGGAGGAGCAGCUCAUGGACCCACUCAACAGCCAGGAUGUGAAGAUGGUCUUCCGCCCUCCUUUGGACUUUUACGAUGUUCUAAUCCACCUGAAUCCAAACCAGAUUCCUCGGCAUCUGGAGAGUGUGGACCGGCCACUAAAGUCGUUUUCCCGGGGCGUGGUGAAGAACAGCACUGCCAUGAAGAUCCUCUUUCCUGUGGUGGACUAUGACCCCGUACAGUGCUACCUCCAGGAGCUGAGAGAUGCCUUCAGUGAUCUCGCCUUGUUCUUCUAUGACAAGCAUGGUGGGGAAGUGAUUGCAGUUUUGUGGAAACCUUUGAGCUUUCAGCCUCAGCCUUUUAAGGUCUCCAACAUGAAAGGAAGGAUGGUGACAACUCUGAACAACGAGCUGGUCUGUGUUCCCAAUGUGGAGGCGAUUCUGGAGGACUUCGAGGUUUUGGGAGAAGGCCUGGUCAAAAGUGUGGAAGCUCGUACAGAGAAAUGGACUAUCUGAGGCCACUGAGAGGUGUCAGAGGGACCCGUCCUGAAGCAGAGUUUGUUCACUAUGGGACUGUUCCUUUUUAUAAAUCAGUCCUAGGAAACACUUUCAGCUUUUUAAAUCCCAGAACUGUGUGUUUUACUCUAUUUAUCUUUAUAUGCCUUGUCUGGAAAAGCAAAGGGAUCUGUUAUUGUUUUCAAGAAUACAAAUGCCUUUUUAUUUUGAAGAAAAUAUAAAGAUGGGAUAAAGUUUUUGAAAGUGUUCGUGUUCAUUGUAGGAAACAAAGCUGUGUUCAUGUGAAAAUGUCAAGGCAUGAAAAUUCUGGCUGAGGUGUGCAUUGCGAAGGCAGUUUCCUAGUUAAAUAGAGAGUUCUUAACAGCUGCUGUUACUCCAGUGGUUAGCAAAACCAAAGAAAUACUGAGACAUUCAAAAAUGACCAGGUUAUUCUCCUCAAUUCAGCCCUGAUGAGACACAUCUGGUGUGCUGUUCCCAGUGCUGCGCUCUCCAGUAAAAGAGACAUGGACACGCUGGAGCAGGUCCAGUGAAGGGCAUGGAAGACAAUAAAGGGGUUGAAGCCUCUCAUAUGAGGGGAGGCUGCGAGAGCUGGCUGGGAUUGUUCAGCCUGGAGAAGAGAAGGCUCAGAGGGAUCUUACCAAUGUGUAUAAAUACCUGAUGGGGAGUAGAGAAGACACUUCUUAAUGGUGCCCAAUGAUGGAAUGAGAGUCAUAAAUUGAAAUGCAGGAAAUUCGACUUAAAACUUUUUUUUGUGCGGGUGGUUGAACACCGGCACAGUUUGGUGAGGGGGAGUGGUGGAGUCUCCAUGCUGGAGAUACUCAAAACCCAACUGGACACGGUUCUGGGCAGCUGUGUGUAGGUGACCCUACUCUGAGCAGGAACUUGGACUAGGUGAUCUAGAGGUGCCUUCCAACCUCAGCUAUUUGGUAGUAUUUCUCCUGUCUGAAAUGAUCAUCAGACUCCUGAUGGGGAAAGAGAGGGAGCAAAUGCACUACUUCCAUCCCCUUUUCUGAUAGAAGCAGCACACAUGUUCCAACAGCAAAGUAUGGGUGAAUCACAUAAAGAGUAAAUAAAACAAAUUUGGUGACGGCAGAUAUUGCAGAAACCAAAAAUAGAUGAAGCUUGGGACGGCAAGUGGAAGUUCAGACAGUUUGAUAACUGUAGACAGUUGUUACUUUGUAAGUAGCGUUUCAGGUAGGAUGUUAAGACUUACUGGCCUCUCCUGCUGUUGGAAUUGAGUCCGAGGCUUUGUGGAGGAGAUCCACGACUUGAUUUUUCAGAUGUUUUCUCUGAAGCAUUGGAAAGCAGGCUGUGUCAGAGAUGCAGCACUGGGCUGAGAUACUGCCGACCUAGUGCCCAUUGACCAGCUUUUGGAGGUGCAGUGUAUCCUAUGGGACAGAUACAUGUGGGCAGCAUCCUUGGUUUUGGGCUGUGGGUAUAUCUCCUGUAUUAAAAUCACAAGAAGCAUUUUUCUCUCUUCCCUAUGCCAGUGGCUGAGGGAGGCUGUAGGUAAAAUCCCUUGCCCAUCCUUUGCAACAGCCUUUUGAGUACACUUAAAAUGAAAACAUCAAAUGCACUUAGAGGGCAAAAGAGAUACCAAACCCGAGAACAAAGCAGCACUUUCUGUUGCUACCAUGACCCCUGCAGCCUAAGAAGCUGCUGACAGGUCCAUUAGCAAACAAGACGCAGGCAGUGAUUUCGACAAGUUUCAGAAGUAGUUAAUUAAGGAUUACUUUUUAAGCUUCUCUUUGUUCUGUUUUAUCAUCCUUUAGAUGUUGGAGUCACCCAAUCUGCCUUCAGUGAUGGCUGUAAUUUUCCUCAGUAGUCAGAUUGUUCCUGCUUUUCGUGCCUAUCUGCUUUCACUCCGAACGUGCAGUUUGACAUUGUGAUCCUGUAAAUUUGCCAGCACAGUGAUUGGACAGCACACGAGUUGCCGCACCGGUUACCUGUGCCAGAGCUCUGCCUGUUCCCUCCACGCCCAUCUUGCCCUCGUUUUUCCCCGUGUUGUAUGUUGCAGAUGUAAAUGGUUUUGGGCCGGGGUGCUCUCCUUGCCGCAUAUAUGCGUGCUUUUCCCUAGGGUAGAGGUGUGUGCUGCUGCUCGCGUUAGUUUGCAGGGGAGCAGAACACUUCCAGCCCUGCUGCUGCACCAGGUAGAAAGAAAGGUCCUGCUCCCCUGUCCCCGGGGCGUCACAGGACGCAGCCCCUCACUGGCUUAUAUGCUGCCUGGCAAUAUUUAUGGAGAGACAGCCUCUGCUUUUGCUUCCGGGCUGUGCCGUAAUCCACCCUGCCUUCUCCUCCCCAGCCCAGCUGCCAUGGUGGGGUAGCUUGUGUGGUAUGUGAAGGAUAUACCCUGUAGGGGUAACCCUCCAGCACCUCUGCUUUUAUCCGCUUCUGUUGCGCUGGCAGGUAUCGUAUUGCCGCUCCUUUUCCUUUUUGCCUUUAAAAAGACAUAAAACUAUGCGUAGCUUCAAUCUACUGUGUGUUGGAUCUCCUCCCUGCUCCUCCAUCCUUGGGUAAAACGCCAUCGUUUGCAGCAUGCAGCAAAGGGCCAGGAAGUCUCUAGGCCAGCCUUCCGCGAAAAUAACAUUGCCAAGUUAACUGAUGAUAAAUGGACUCACUCCGUAAUCAAACCCUCAUACAAGUAGCAACCUGCUCGUGUUUCACAAGGCAAUGCCACUGUGCUUGGUAGCCAGAUGUGAGCCUAGGUCGGGCCUGUGCUGCAGAUGUUUGCUGGUGUAAAGGUCUGAUUUCAUGA